GUUUUACUCUUCAAUCUUGGUCGCUUUUACGUUUUAAAGUUUUUCGCAAUAUUUGUGUAUUGAAUUUGCCAUCCAGUAGAAGAGAGAGGAGAAAAUCUUUGGCUGGACUGGGAAUCGAAUCCGGGACCGCUGCAUUACUAGUCAGGUGCUCUAACCACUGAGCUACCCAGGCCAAUAUCCACAGUCAUGUAAAACUGGUGGGCAGGGGUACCUGACUGCGUGGGAUCAAGAGACGUAUUUCAGUUGUUAUUUUAAUUACAAAUUUCAGGUAACAUGACAGAUAUAGACAGACCAAUCACUCAGGUUGCCAUUGUAUCAGAUGCUUCCAGAUGUCCUCCUGGAUUUACACUGAUUGAUCGUACUUAUGAUCGCCGUGAUGAUGCUGAUUUAUGGCGAGAUGGUUUAUUUGGAAGAAGAGUGUAUCGUUUUCUCUGUGUGGAAAAAAUGCCCCCCGCACCAGGGAGAGAUGUGUUGGUGGAUGUGACCGUGAUUGGAGAAAGAGACGCUAUUCCACCUGGAUUUACCUGUGUAGAUUUCACAAGUGAUACACGUGAAAAGGCUGUCAAAAAGAAGAUGCUGUGUGUCCGUUACAUGUCAAGUGACUUAACCAAUGAUGCUAUAUGUGAACUUAUUUUGUUAACCAAGGGUGUCAGGCGACCCCCGAAUGGAUAUACACUAGUAGGGGAGCUGAAUUACAUGGGACUGUGCUACAAGAUGUCCAGUUUUCGUAAGCCUGGAGUUCAGAUGGAUUCCCAUCAAGGUCACUCAAACGAUUCCACGUUCCACACACAGGGCUACUCCACGCAAUCCACACCAAUGAACAUGUCCUCUUUAGCAUCUAAUUUACCCUACAACCCAAGUCCCUACAGGAAGAAUGGUCCUUUGGAGAGGGGAACUAGCUUCACAGAGGCUGCAAAUACUCUACAAGGGAUCCAUACAGUGUCAGCUGUGCAGGGUUUGCCAUUUGAACUGAAUCGCAAGUUGUUCAGCGAUGACUUAAAUGUUACUAUUCCCCAGAUUCCGUACAAAUCUAUAAUGGAUAUAGAAAAUCAGUAUAGUUAUGACUUCUCGGUGGAAAGAUCUGCUGCUGCCAGGGUGCCCUAGGACCAGGGGACACAUUUCUAAGUAUCAUACAUCAAAUUGUUAGAAGGAAUUCAACUGGAUUGGAUUUGUUAGAUGUUUAAUGCAUCAUGGACUUGUUGAACAAAAAGAUAUCAAAUUAGAUUCAAAUGAUUUUAUUGUUGCUUGUUUAAAAGUAUUCUUAUUUUCACUUUGUGUUUUCAUACUUAGAAAAAAGUACAUGUAGAUACUGGAAAUGUCUUUUAUUCAGUAUAUACAUCCAUGUUCUGUAGCAAACCAGCUUAACAUUUGUAAAGUGUGUGUUUUGACAGAUUUGACAUUUAUUGUAUAGAAAUAUGUACAAUAUCAAUUUAAUCUUGAAACACUGAUGACUAUUCUCUCUCCACUACAUAGUACAGUUGCCAUUUUAUGGUGUGCCAUUUGAAAAGUACUGAGUAAAUUGAUAUGUGUACAUUCGUUUUUUUCUUGCAUCACUUGUUGAUUAAUAUACUGAUAUUUUUGUAAAUUAUUAUUAAAAGUAAUUCCUACUUUUUGUUAUAUUUUAGAUUAAACUUGAUGGCACUAAAUUCUGUGUAUACUGACACAUGUACUUUUGGUUGAUGCAUGUAUCCUAGCAACUUGUAUUUCAUGGUAACCUUGGCUUCUUCACAUAUGAACUUCCAAGAUAAUGACCAGUUGAUUUUCUUCAGUCCCUUGGACUCCAAUACAUCAGCUGUAGGCUACAUAUAUAUAGUAACAAUACAAAAACACAAUGCUGUAUCAUGACUGCAUGUAUUUAUGUAAAAUUAUCUGACUUUACAUGCAUAUAAGCGUGUGUUUUGAUCUUAGUAUGUGAUACUAUACAAUAUAUAUGUGGUCAGGUCAAAUGAAUCCAGGAUAAGCCCUCUCCACAUUUUGAUUUAAAUUCAUUGUUUGCAAACAGCUUAUAUAGACAAGUUUUUGUCACAUCACAGAUAUAAAAUUCAUUUGAAAAAAUGUAUAGAAGAACAAGUUAAUCUUGAUAAUCUUACAAGAACACAGUAAGAGUCAAUCUAUCAUAACUUGCUGAUGCAAGUGGAGGGUAGGGUAGAGUAAAUAUGAUGUAAAUGUUGACCAGCCAUUUGAUUGUUUAGAUGCUUCUACAUUGAGUUUUACUACCUGUUUAUUUACAUGUAUAGACCUCCACUAGAUUUGCCAGUGUUGACUUGUGCUGACAUCUCGCUGCACACUGUUAGUGUUGACUUGUGCUGACACCUCUCUACACACUGUUAGUGUUGACUUGUGCUGACACCUCUCUACACACUGUUAGUGUUGACUUGUGCUGACAUCUCGCUGCACGCUGUUAGUGUUAACUUGUGCUGACAUCUCGCUGCACACUGUUAGUGUUGACUUGUGCUGACAUCUCGCUGCACGCUGUUAGUGUUAACUUGUGCUGACACCUCUCUACACACUGUUAGUGUUGACUUGUGCUGACAUCUCGCUGCACACUGUUAGUGUUGACUUGUGCUGACAUCUCGCUGCACGCUGUUAGUGUUGACUUGUGCUGACACCUCUCUACACACUGUUAGUGUUGACUUGUGCUGACACCUCUCUACACACUGUUAGUGUUGACUUGUGCUGACAUCUCUCUACACACUGUUAGUGUUGACUUGUGCUGACACCUCUCUACACACUGUUAGUGUUGACUUGUGCUGACACCUCUCUACACACUGUUAGUGUUGACUUGUGCUGACACCUCUCUACACACUGUUAGUGUUGACUUGUGCUGACACCUCUCUACACACUGUUAGUGUUGACUUGUGCUGACAUCUCACUGCACACUGUUUAGUAGUUGGUAAUGUUAUAUUUGUGUAUCAUCAUUGUGUGAUGGAUAUCUGUGAUAGCGUAUGAUUGGUGAUUUUAUAUUGUGCAAUGCUCAAAAUUGAUAAGACAAUUAUACACAGAAAUGUAAAUGUGCUGUAAAAGGCAAGACUUGUUGUUUCUUGCUUCAUAUGAACUUCUACAGAGUUAAGGUGUCUUCUUCUUUUUUUUCUGCUGUUGUUUCCAGUUUUAUCAUUUCUUAUACAUGUAAUUAUUAUAACUGUGCUUGAUGGACAUAUUGGAAGAAUAAACAUGUUUUUUAUGAU